CCCCCCCUCCUCCGCCUGUAAAUUGAAUGAAUGCAGAAAGGGUGGAACUUCAUCAAAGUCAUUCAUAGAAGCUUCUUCACUCCCAUUUCUCAGAUGGAUCACUCCACGCGUUACCGUUACGGCCCAACCUUGAAGUGGAACCCCAUGGUUGAAGAAUACUUCAUCAAAGCUUACGGAGCUGAUCAUUUUUCUCGUAUUUCUGCUGCCCUCGUGCGCCCAUCAUGUUACUCUUGUAUCCGUGUGAAUACACUCAAAUCAACAAAUGAUGCUGUUAUAGAGAAGCUUUUGGAAAUUUUUAAGGAAAGAGGAAUGCCUGAUGUCGUAGUUCAAGAAUCUGCUACCACAUGGAAGCCAGAUAAUUGUUGCAAGACAACCCUAGAGAGCAUUGGAAGUGCAGAGUCUUCUAAGGCCAUCAAAAGUAUCUCAAAGUGUCAAUUUCCUGGCCUGGAUUAUGUAGUUUUUGUUAAAGGUUCAGGACCACAUGCUAUUCAUUAUGGGUACAACGAAGGCAAGCCUCUUAAGGAGGUAAUUGUGAGCCGGAAGUGUGCAGAGGCAGUUCUUCGUGGUGCCCAAGUUUAUGUGCCUGGUGUUUUGGCAUGCAGUGCUCAUGUCGAAAGAGGUGAUGCAGUUGCAGUUUCAGUUGCUGUGGAACAGUCUGGUCCGGAUGGUGGAUGGGGUAUUGCAAUGACACGUGGAACUGUUCUACAAGGAUCACAAGCAGAUCCUUAUUAUUUUGAAAGAGAUGGUUUCUACAUUGGCCAAGGAACAGCAAUGAUGUCAAGAGCUGGGAUAUUUCGUGCAUCUGAAGGAAUUGCAGUGGAUAUGAAGGAGAGAGUAUUUAGACUACCCUCCUUUUAUGAUUUGCUUGAGGGUGAGAUUUUUCUUCAGAACCUGCCAAGCAUAAUAACUGCACAUGCCUUAGAUCCUCAACCAGGAGAGAGAAUAUUGGACAUGUGUGCAGCUCCAGGGGGGAAAACCACAGCAAUAGCAAUCCUUAUGAAGGACAAAGGAGAGGUUGUUGCUGUUGACAGAUCUCAUAAUAAGGUGCACCUUCUGAACUUGGCAGGUGACUACAAGCAUAAUAUUUUUCUAUAAUAUUUGGCACAUUUU